CUUAAUGUUAGAUGUGUACUCUCCCUUAAGAUUAGCAUAUUGUAUAUAAUGAACAAUGCGCCACCAUAAUUAUAAUUACUUGAUAAAAUUCAGCUUCGAUACCUCUUGUUUUGAGAAUGCUGAAUAAAUAGUUCAUAAUUUCUUUAGUAAUUAUUAGAGGUGGUUUGUGUAACAAAUACUAUGCUGUUUAAAUAUUAUCCAUUGAUUUUAUUGUUCAACCGUUAUGUUGCUGGUGGUAUCAAUAUGUUCUGUUUCAACAACGGUUUUAGUUUCCUCAACGCUGAACUAAAUUUGCAAACCGUGGUGGAAGAAUUCAUAACAAAUACCCGGUGGAUUAACCAAAAGUUAGAUCACUUCAAUCCUAAAGAUAAGAGGGUAUGGAAAAUGAGGUAUUUCAAAAGAUUGAGUUUUCUUAAACCAAAUGGUCCAAUUUAUUUAUUUUUGGGGGGUGAAAGUGAGGCAUCUCCGCGUUGGGCAGAAACAGGGAUAAUGUAUGAAUUGGCGAAAGAAACAAAUGGCGCCAUGUACGUCUCUGAACACAGAUACUACGGUCAAAGCAAACCACUAAAUGGAACUGAUGCCAAAGCAUUCAAGUAUUUGAGUGCUAGACAAGCCUUAGCAGAUAACGCAAAUUUGUUAAAAACUAUUAAACGUAAGUCUAUAUUCAAAAACUCGAAGGUCGUUGUUAUUGGAGGAUCAUAUUCUGGAAACUUGGCUGCGUGGAUGAAGUUGUUAUACCCGAAACUUGUAGACGCAGCGCUUGCCAGUAGUGGGCCUGUUUUAGCAAAAACUGAUUUUUAUGAAUACUUAGAAAAGGUUAAUGACAAUUAUGAACAAUACGGCACAAAGAAUUGUUUACCUACUAUUAGAAAAAUUUUCAAGAGAUAUGAUAAGCUGAUGCAAAGUUCCAAAGGGAUCAAGCAAUUAAAGGCCGAAGAGAAUAUUUGCGAGGAAUGCGAUAUGUCUUCACCAGAAAAUCAGCAAACAUUCUUCAGUUCAAAAGUUGGAGAGUUUAUGUCAAAUUCUCAAUAUGGUACGACAGAGAUAAUAAAAAGUCAUUGUGAACGCGUACAAAACUCAUCAUCACCUACGAUACCACCACCAGAGUCCACAAGAAACAACUGUAUCUGCUAUGAUUUUGAUGAAAUGAUUGAAUCCUUUUACGAUGAAGAAAAUGUGUGGAUUCUUGCGUGGAUUUAUCAAACUUGUAAUGAGUUCGGUUACUAUCAGACGACGUCGUCUGAUGAACAACCAUUUACAGAUAAUAUCCCCCUUGAAUAUUACAUCAGAAUGUGCCAUAAAUUGUUCGGCUCUGAGUUUGAUGAAGAGAGAGUGAACGAAGGAGUUGCUGAAGUUAACGAUUUGUAUGGAGGCUUAAACCCAAAUGUUACCAAUGUAGUUUUUAGUAACGGGGAUCUAGAUCCUUGGAGCACUAUUAGUGUUUUGGAAGACUUAUCAUACAAUGCACCAGCGGUAGUUAUACCUAGAUCAUCCCAUUGCAGAGACUUGUUUUCGAAUAGACUGGGUGAUAUCGAAGAGUUAAAAGAAGCUAGGAAGAAUAUAAAAAAUUUAAUAAAAAAAUGGAUAGGGGCUGACUGUUAAGUAAUUAACUUUCAUAUCUUGUAAUUAAGUGUAACCUUAUUACGAGCGAUAAAAUAUAACCUUGUGUCAUUAUUUUUUUAUUCUACACUUUAUCACUAGAGUAGUAACUGGGUUGGUACAUUGAAUAGGUACAAUAACAAUUAGGUACCAAAACUUGGCUGAAUAGAAAGCGUUAAAAGAA